UUUUAGUGAAUCUGAUCUCAGCGACAAUGAUAUAUCCGAAAAAAAGAAAUGUAAAGAAAAAAUAAUAGAAAUAUAUGAUAAUGAUGAAACUUCAAUUGAACCAGAAGAUGAAAUUAUUGAAGAAGGCGAAAUUGACGACAUCGAAGAAUUGGAAGAUAAUGUAUUGGAAACGAGAAAAACCAAACGACGAAGAAUUCAACCAGAAGAUGAAAUUAUUGAAGAAGGCGAAAUUGACGACAUCGAAGAAAUUAGAUAA